AUGGAGGUCAGACCGAUGGUAGCUCUGCGUGCUGCCCUAGUUGGUGGGAUAGCAGCAUUUGCGAAGAUCGGUGGGGCGAUGAAAGCUGCAGGAGGUGUCAAGAUUGGUGCAGCAGCUGCAGCUGUGACAGCUGCAGCAUCAGCUGCUAUAUCCGGAAAAGACGGAAAAGAAGACGCUUCAAAGGCAGAAACAAAAUGA